AUGGUAUUGGCUCCGCCAGAUUGGCCGAGUAUCCUACAGUAUUUCCGAGGAUCGGAAUUACAAAACUAUUUCACGAAGAUUCUCGAAGAUAAUCUCAAAGCUGUUGUCAAACCACAAUAUGUUGACCAAAUACCUCGAGCAGCAAAGGGAGGCGUGGAGUCGCUGUUGUCACGGAAAGCUGAUAGAGGCAAUCGCGAACAGGUUCAGAAAGACAUGGAGCUUGAUGGCCUGUUGCAAAGACAAAUUGAACAGCUAUCUGGUGGUGAACUGCAGCGAUUCGCCAUUGCGAUGUGCUGCAUUCAGAAGGCAGACGUCUACAUGUUUGAUGAGCCAUCUUCGUAUCUGGAUGUAAAGCAACGUCUUCGUGCUGCUGCUCUUAUCAGGGACAUGAUCGCGGCAACAACAUAUGUUAUCGUGGUGGAGCACGAUUUGGCUGUACUAGAUUAUUUGUCCGACUUUAUUUGUUGUCUCUACGGUGUUCCUGGUGUAUACGGUGUAGUAACACUUCCAUCAGGAGUACGAGAAGGUAUCAACAUGUUCCUGGAUGGAUUUAUCCGCACGGAAAAUAUGCGAUUCCGAGAAGACAGGCUGUGUUUCCGAGUUUCCGAACAAAUCGACGAAGUUGUGAAGCGUACCGGAAACUUUAAGUACCCAGCAAUGUCGAAGAACCUGGGUGCUUUCAAACUUAACGUUGAGCCGGGUGAUUUUUCCGAUUCGGAGAUUAUUGUAAUGUUGGGUGAGAACGGAACUGGUAAAACUACAAUGAUCAGAAUGUUGGCUGGUUCUCUGAAACCUGAUGAAGAAGUAGAAAUGCCAAAUAUGACAAUUUCAUAUAAGCCGCAGAAAAUUAGUCCCAAAGUGCGACACAUGCUUCAUGAAAAGAUCCCCAAUAUGUAUAUGCAUCCGCAGUUCAAGUCAGAUGUGAUGAAUCCUUUGAUGAUCGAUCAACUUAUGGAUAGAGAGCCUCGGGCUAUCUUUGAUUCCGACAACGUCUACAUGCCGCAAAGACUUAAACGAUUCAUCAUGCAUGCUAAAAAGACGGCGUUCGUCGUUGAGCACGAUUUCAUUAUGGCCACUUACCUUGCUGAUCGAGUGAUUGUAUUCGAUGGAGAACCGUCUGUAGAAGCGACAGCAAGAAAGCCACAGAAUCUACAGGAAGGAAUGAAUCGUUUCUUGAAAAUGCUGGAAAUCACUUUCCGACGUGAUACGGAAUCGUAUCGGCCAAGAAUUAACAAAAAGGAUUCAAUGAAGGACAUCGAACAGAAGAAGAGUGGACAGUUCUUCUUCUUGGAUGACGCUUAG